AGGUAUAUAAGCCCCCUGGGGGUGAGGGCCGAGUCGCGGCUUCACACAGUCUUCUCCUCUUUGAGCUUCUUUAACUUCACACUCACACCGUCCAGACAUGGCACCCAAGAAGGCCAAGAGGAGGGCAGGAGGAGGCGAGGGUUCCUCCAAUGUCUUCUCCAUGUUCGAGCAGAGCCAGAUCCAGGAGUACAAAGAGGCUUUCACAAUCAUCGACCAGAACAGAGACGGUAUCAUCAGCAAGGAUGACCUGAGGGACGUUCUGGCCUCAAUGGGUCAGCUGAACGUGAAGAAUGAGGAGCUGGAGGCCAUGAUCAAGGAGGCCAGCGGCCCCAUCAACUUCACCGUGUUCCUCACCAUGUUCGGAGAGAAGCUGAAGGGCGCCGACCCCGAGGACGUCAUCGUCUCCGCUUUCAAGGUCCUGGACCCCGAAGCUACCGGAUUCAUCAAGAAGCAGUUCCUGGAGGAGCUUCUGACCACCCAGUGCGACAGGUUCUCAGCAGAGGAGAUGAAGAACCUGUGGGCUGCCUUCCCCCCAGAUGUGGCUGGCAACGUGGACUACAAGAACAUCUGCUACGUCAUCACACACGGCGAGGAGAAGGAGGAGUAAGAGCUCUCGAGGCGAAGAGAUGAAAGUGCGUCCUCCGUUAUCAUCCCUCCUGUUCCUGCUUCCGUCCUUUCUUCUUCUUUUUUUUUUUGUAACACACCAGCACUUCCUCCUUCCUCCCGAAGCUUCGCCCGCUCGACCCGAGGCUCGCCCCGGUGACGCCCGUCUGUGAGGGGGAAACGGGAUUUUGCAAUUAUAAUAGCGUCUCCGUCUCCUUCUCUCGACCGCGAUUGUCGAUUGAUUUAUUUUUUGGGAGCUGAAAUCAGGCGGGUGGAGGGAUUUCAUUCUACAAUAGAAGAAUCCGGCACCCGCCGCGUGGUUCUCCUCCCUAAAACGAGGAGGAGGAGACGGAGGGAGAUCAUGAUGGGCAGAGAGAGGCGACAGAAAGAAACCAUUCCCUUCUUCUCUCGCCCCUCGUCCUUCAAAAAUCUCCGGUUCCCCUGAGCGGCGGCGUCACCAGCUCCUCUGUAAGCAAUAAAAAGAGAGAAACUGUGAAUAAACCGACCUUAUCUUUCGUA